CACUCAUUCACCGGGUGUGGUGCGGCUGCGCGAAACAAGUUUGGGCUUUACUUUUUCGUAUGAAUUCAGUAAUGGAACGGUAUAACGAACUUGUUUUUGAUUUAUAAAAGAAACUUUCAAACAAUAACUUUAAUAAAUAAAUGUGUCAUAGUGUGUAUAGUGUUUUAAGCAUAUAGUGUUUCUUAUUUAAAACAAUACAAAGUCAACCGUUUCCAUGGGCGUCAACUUCGGUUAAAAAUAAGUAAAAGACUGAAGAAUGAAUCUCAUAUACAUAGCUCCAUUGCUCAUAUUACAAAUAUGCGCGGGUCAAGAAUAUGCUACACCAACUUACAACACAGAUUACAACAAAGUAAACCCAACCAAUGACUACCUCAAUACUAAUGACCCUCGAUAUGAUAAUCCGUAUGACCCAAAUCGAAGGUUUCAAAAUCGUAACCAGUAUGACAAUCCCUAUGCAACGGAUAAAAGAUAUAAUCAGUAUGAUAACCGUAAUGAUGUAAACCAGAAUGUUUAUACACCUGAAAAUACACCUCGACCUGUGUGGGAUUCGAACAGAAAUUUUCCUACAUCAUACAAAGGCGGUGAAUUGGAACAUGAUAGUGUUAUUAUUAAUGAGGCAACAUAUUUUAUAGUAGCAUCAAAAAUGGUCCGUCCUGGUCAAAUAUAUAAAAUAUCAGCAAAUAUAUUGAAAGCAAGACUGCAGAUGACAAUAAGAGCAUCUAUAUCUUGUAACGGAGUGGAAAUGGCUCAUGUCGUUGAGAAGGUGAAGGAGGGUGUACCUGAGAUUCUGAAUAUGAGAGUACCGCCAACAUCUGUGCCCGGCGACUAUAAGUUACGUGUAGAAGGUCUCUACUUGGACGAUCCCUUCGGUGGAACUGCUUUCGCCAACGAGACACAGCUGGACUUCUCUCAGAGGUUCAUGACAAUAUUCAUACAAAUGGACAAACCAGUUUAUAUGCAGGGACAGACUGUGCGAUUCCGAGUAAUUCCAAUCAACACAGAAUUAAAAGCAUUUGGUAGAGCCAUAGAUGUCUUCAUUUUGGAUCCCAAUGGACGAAUCAUGAAAAGAUGGCUUUCCCGACAGAGCAACUUCGGCACGGUGAGCCUGCAGUACCAGAUGUCGGAGCAGCCGCAGUUCGGCGAGUGGCGCGUGCGCGUGGAGGCGCUCGGCCAGACGGAGGAGGCGAGCUUCCUCGUCGAGGAGUACUACCAGACGAGGUUCGAGGUGAACAUAACGAUGCCGGCGUUCUUCUUCAACACGGACGCGUACAUCCACGGGCGCGUGAUGGCGAACUACACGUCGGGCGCGCCCGUGCGCGGCAACCUCACGCUGCGCGCCACGCUGCGCCCCGUGCCGCAGCACCGGCCCCGCGACCCGCGCCCCGCCGCCGACCCCUACGCGAGGGCUCGGCCGAACUACAACCCGUACCUCUACAACGAGAGCGCGUACCAACCGUUCGAGUACGGCCAAGAGGAGUACAACCAGAGGAAUAUCAACUAUAGGCCCGGACAACCCAACCAGAUAGACCACCCGGACUGGUGGUACGACCCGCAGAAGGUUGUCACCAGGAUGUUCAAUUUUGACGAAAAGUAUCCAUUCUGGAUGCCAAAGCCGGACCCCAUCGAUUUCGCGAACCACGGCAACAACCUGAACUAUAACACCUACACCACUUCACCUUCAUACAAUUAUUAUAACACGCCGGGAUACGAUCAGCUGCCGUAUUUGAGAUUUUUCAACGGCACAUACGACUUCAAAUACCCAAUGUCUGAGCUAGCGCAACUGGUGCCGACUCUAGACGGGGUGGAGGUGAUCAUCACAGCGUCCGUGGGUGACCCGUUCUUGGAUGACGUCAUCGAGGCUUACAGCAUAGCGAGGAUAUACAACUCGUCCCUGUCUGUGACGUUCCUCGGUGGGGAGCUGCAGGUGUUCAAGCCGAGCAUGCCGUUUGAUGUUUAUAUGGUGGUAGCGUACCACGACGGGUCGAAGCUGCCCGCGUGGCAGGCGGCCGGCGUGUCGCUCGUUGUCACGGCGCAGCUGGAAGGCCGGGGCGGAGCCCUGGAGCCCCUGCGACCCACGCUCGUGCCCGGCCAUGACGCUGUGUGGCAUUUGAAGAUUGAUCUGUAUAAACUGUUGCACCUGGAGAAAGACCCGAACUACCGCGAAACGCUGGACGGCAUAACCGGCAUCCGGCUGAACGCGCAGCUGGCGGACGCGCGCGGCGCCCGCGCCGCCGCCGACGUGCACCUCGUGGCGCACUACUCGCCCAACCACCACCACAUCCGCGUCUCCACCAGCACCACGAACGCGAGGGUCGGUGAAUACAUCAUAUUCCACGUACAGAGCAACUUCUACAUGGAGACGUUCAGCUAUGUCGUCAUGUCCAAGGGGAUUAUACUUACUAGCGGCCAGGAGAAUAUGCAGGAGGGCGUGCGCACGUUCGCGGUGGCGCUGUCGGCGGAGAUGUCGCCCGUCGCCACCGUGGUGGUGUGGGCGGCGCAGCGCCGCGCCGUCGUGCUCGCCGACUCGCUCACCUUCCCCGUCAACGGCAUCUCCAGGAACAACUUCACGGUAUCGAUAAACAACCGCAAGCACCGCACGGGCGAGCGCGUGGAGGUGGCCAUCUACGGCGAGCCCGGCGCCUACGUGGGGCUCUCCGGGAUCGACUCCGUGUUCUACACCAUGCAGGCCGGCAACGAGCUCACCUACGCUAAGGUGAUAUCAAAGAUGUCGCAGUUCGACGAGGCCACGAACGGCACGUUCGCGUACACGUGGCGCUCGCACUUCGGCGACGCGGACGAGCUGGUCUACUUCCCCUCCACCAGCUUUGGGAUAGACGCCAAUCGGACUUUUGAGUACGCCGGGCUGGUGGUGUUCAGCGACGUGGCGGUGACCCGGCGGCACACCAACUGCAACGCCACCCUCGGGCUGGCCGAGUGCCUCGACGGCAACUGCUACCCGGUGGAGAAGCACUGCGACGGCGUCGCCGACUGCGCCGACCGGACGGACGAGGCGCACUGCCCGCGCGACACGUCGCUGGAGCUGAGCCACUUCCGCAAGUUCCGCUUCAGCCGCGUGCAGCGGCAGUACGACAACGUGUGGAUGUGGCGCGACGUGAACAUCGGGCCGCACGGCCGCUACGUGUUCACGCUGGACGUGCCGCAGGUGCCCGCGCACUGGACCGUGUCCGCCUUCAGCAUGUCGCCCGCGCUCGGCCUCGGCAUGCUGCCCGCGCCCUGCACCUACGUCGGCAUCCUGCCGUUCUUCAUCAAAGUGGAGGGUCCAGACCAAUGCCGGCAGGGCGAGCAGUUAGGCCUGCGCGUGGUGGUGUUCAACUACCAGCAGCAGGACAUCGAGGCGGUCGUCGUGCUCGAGGCGUCGCCGCACUACAAGUUCGUGCACGUGGAGGAGCACGGCAUCGUGCGGUCGUACAACCCGCGCACGUCGUUCGGCGAGCACCAGUUCUUCGUGUACAUCGCGGCGGGCGACGCGGCCACCGUGCACAUCCCCGUGGUGCCGGCCGCGCUGGGCGAGCUGCGCGUGCGCGUGCGCGCCGCCACGCUGCACGGCGAGCACCGCGCCGCCAAGACCAUACGCGUCGAGGCGGACGGCCUGCCGCAGCACCGCCACCAGUCCGUGCUGCUGGACCUGUCGAACCGCGCGUACGUGUUCCAGUACAUGCACGUGAACGUCACCGAGACGCCGAUCAUACCGUACGAGGUGGACAGGUACUACGUGUUCGGCUCCAAUAAGGCGACCAUCUCGAUCGUCGGCGACGUGGUGGGACCCCUGUUUCCGACCAUGCCGGUUAACGCCACCAGCCUGCUGGAUUUGCCGAUGGAGUCGGGCGAGCAGAACAUGUUCAGCUUCGCGGCGAACAUGUACCUGACGCUGUACAUGCGCCUCAUCAACCAGCGCAACCGCACGCUGGAGCGCGACGCGUUCGCGCACAUGAACGUGCUGUACCAGCGCCAGAUGUCCUACGUCAAGCCGGACGGCUCCUUCUCGCUCUUCCGCUCCGAUUGGAAUCAAUCUGCGUCAAGCGUAUGGCUAACAUCUUUCUGCGCCAAAAUUUUCCAAGACGCAUCUUUCAACGAAUGGGAGAACUACAUUUACAUUGACCCUAAUGUGAUAUCGAUGGCGGUGUCGUGGGUGCUGGAGCACCAGAGCCCCGAGGGCGCGUUCUACGAGGUGACGUGGCUGCCCGACCGCAACGCCAACACCACCAUCGGCGUGCCCAAGGACAGCCAGCUCUACCGCGAGGCGGGCGCGCAGCUGCGCGGCAGGGAGGUGAACAACUCGAUAAUAUUGGAGCGGAACAUAUCGUUGACUGCGCAGGUGGUUAUCACGCUGGAGUCUGUCAAGAAUCUCAAGGACAUUGGCGUUAGAGAGGGGCUGAGCGCGCGCGUGGCGACGGCGCAGCAGCGCGGCGUGGCGUGGCUGGAGCGGCACCUGCGGCUGGUGGGCGAGUGGGCGGCGCCCUACGCGCUGGCGCUCACGGCCUACGCGCUCGCCUGCGCCAAGGCGCCCAGCGCCGAGCACGCCUACCGCCUGCUCAAGCGGCGCCAGCGCUCCGAAGGUGGGCUUAUAUACUGGGGUCAAGAACCAGUUCCACCACCGCCAUAUAAAAUGGAGAACCAGAAACCUUUCCUGUUACCGCGACUACCUUACAAGUAUGACUCUAACAACAUAGCUACAACUGCGUACGCGCUUCUAGCUUGUAUGGAUCAUCAGGACAACAAUGAACCAAUUGUUAUGUGGCUGAACUCUCAGAGGCUGAAGGAAGGUGGAUGGGCGUCUACUCAGGACACGUACAUAGCGCUGCGCGCGCUCAUCGAGUACACGAACCGCAAGCGGCUGCGCGACGUGAGCGCGCUGAGCGUGAGCGUGGAGGCGGUGGCGCUCAACGGCUCCGCGCGCGCGCUGCGCGUCGACAACCACAACCUGGCCGUCAUGCAGAGCAUCGAGAUCCCGGAGGCGUGGGGCACGGUGAAGGUGACGGCGCGCGGCGCGGGCUACGCGCUGCUGCAGAUGGCGGUGCGCUACAACGUGGACGCGCCGCGCUUCCAGACGCCGCCGCCCGCGCGCGCCUUCGCGCUGCGCACGCGCGCGCACUACCACGGCCGCAACCAGUCGCACAUCGAUUACCAGACGUGCGCCAGCUGGACGCUGCUGUCGGAGUCGCCGCGGUCGGGGCAGGCGGUGCUGGAGGUGGGCGUGCCCACGGGCUACCUGGCGCAGCAGCAGCGCCUCGACGCGUACGUGCUGGCGCGCCGCGUGCCGCGUCUGCAGCGCGCCAAGUACACGCCCACCAAGCUCAUCUUCUACUUCGACUUUUUGGAGGAGGAGACGACGUGCGUGAACUUCACCCUGGAGCGCUGGCACCCGGUGGCCAACAUGUCGCGCUAUCUUCCCAUACGGGUCUACGAUUAUUAUGCACCUGAACGAUUCAACGAAACAAUCUUCGACGCGCUACCCACAUAUUUACUGAACAUUUGCGAAGUGUGCGGUUCGUCCCAGUGCCCGUACUGCGCCGUGUACAACGCGGCGCGCGUCGCGUUCGCUUCGCUUUCGCUUCUCGCGCUCUGCGUGCUCGCGAGCGUGCUAGCGGGCGUGCAGCGUGCGUUUGUUGAACGGUGCUAACGUUUGCCAGCUAAAUGUAUUCUUUUAAUUCGGCUGUACGGAGUGAUUUAGUUUGAUUAAACAUUAGAAAAAAAAAUCAGACUCAAAUAUACAGUAACAAGUUCAAAGUGUCUGCACUAAAGAAUUUUGACGUAACGUAGAUUUCAUUGGAGGAUAUUGG